CAAAUCUGUCACGGACAAGGCAGGCCCUCUCACUCUUCUCCUAUCCAUUUCUCCUCUCGAUCUGCCUCCUCCAACUAAUCUCCCUUGCCAUUGCCACGCUUCGUUGGUUCCUCUUCCCUUCUCUCCCCGCGCGCGCGUGCUCACGUGAGAUCGUUUAUGGGGAAGAAAGGUCUGGUGGUGGUGACCAGCAUCCUCGCCGUGCUGACGGUCGUGUUUGGAGUCAUCAGCGCGGUUCUCUUGGCGCUGAAACAUCAUCAAGAUGACCAUGGCGAGUUCUCUACGUACCGGCGAUCGCCGGCGAUGCCAUGCGGUGUGGUGGCAGCCAUCUUGGCGUCGAUGACGCAGAUUCUUGCCAGCGUGGCCAUCUGCUGCUGUGGGGCGUGGCGGAUGACUAAGGGGGCCAAGCGCAUCGCCGCGGUGGUCUUCUUCAUCACCUCAUGGGUCCUCGCGAUCAUAGCAGUGCUACUAUUUCUGGCAGGCGCCAUGUUAGGAUUUGAAGGCUCUGCAAAGAAAACUGUUGGCAAUGCUAGGAUUGUCGGAGGUGUCGCAAUUUUUGUGACCGCGACGUUUUUGUUUCUUGUAGUCGCCGCCCUUGAUGUUGCCUCAUACCGCCUAGUUCGGAAGAAGGGCCACUACCAAGCAUAUGUUGGCAGUAAUCCUCCUUUUGUGCCAUCUAAAGAUGCUCCCUACGGUUCUGCUCCUCCACCACCAAAUCAAGUCUAAGGUUAGCUCUGCCACCAUAGCAUGGUUGUCUUUCCCUGCCAAAGGAGGAACACGAUGUAUGAACUGCGGUAGGUGAAAGGCGUAGGCUACGACCCAUGCUACCAUCUUGCGUGUUUUGUGUGUUUGUUACGGCUCCACUCAAGUCAUGAGAAAGAAUUCAAAAGUUCAUCUGCAUUGCUUGAAACAUAUGUGCUUGUGAAGCUUUUUUAUAUGUUACGAAAGCCAUUAUAGGUGGCUGCCAUCUGGACUAUCGAAAUCAUUUAUGGGAAUAAAUGUCGUCACUCA